AUGACGGCGGCAGAGCGUGAGGCUGGGGGACCGGGUGUGCGUCAGAGGAGCGGGGACAUCAGUAGGACUCUGAGCCAAGCGAACGGCCGGAUAGGACUUACUUUACCAGAAAGGGUCAACACGAUCCUAAACGACCCCGUGACCUUGACCGCGACCUUCGAGACGAACCGACGUCUUCUGUACCUCUCAUGGGUCAAGGUCGACCCCAAGGACGCCUUGAAGAGGGUCCCUGUCUUCACCUACCACACGGCGAGCGGCUCAGAGGCUUAUGGAUACUACGAGGGGCGCGUGGAGCUUGUCGGGAAGGCGUCCUUGAAGAUCGAACCAACCAAGAUGGAGGACGAGGGGCAGUACAUGCUCAACGUCAUGAUAGAGGGGCUGGGGAACGAGGAGCAGGUCACGCAACUCAACAUCAUGGUGCCUCCGACUGUUGAAGUAGGACCGUACUCCCCUUACGUCACGACCUACCGCCGGACGGUAACUCUGACAUGCGCAGUGAGCGGCGCGAAGCCGAACAUCUCUUCACUGCACUGGGAGAAGGACGGCGCACGCGUAGAGACGAUCGGAUUCACAGGGAAGUACUCCGGAGGAAACAUGGCGUCUCCCUCAUUACUUAUUCAUCACGUGACCAGAGCAGACACAGGGGCGUACGCCUGCAUCGCGGAUCACGUGGUCAGACCAGCCGCCUCCAGUCUCCGGCUAGAAGUGCUAUAUCCGGCUUCCAUCAUCAGCGUUUCGGAGUCUCUGUCAGUGGACCAAUCAGAGCGCGCGACUCUCCAGUGCGUGGCGGACGGUAACCCGACACCAAACAUCACGUGGACAAAGGAAGGCGCGCGCCUGCGCACUGUGACGCAGCCGCUGUCGUCCGACGUGCUGGCGUGUUCUGUGGUGUUUCUCAACGUCCAGGUGAACGAUUCCGGAACGUACGAGUGUCUGGCCAGUAACGGGGUGGGGGAGGCGGACAGGAGAAUCGCAAAACUCACAGUCAGAGAAACUAACGCGGACGACCGUAACUACAUCUGGGCGAUCAUGGUGGGCGCCAUCGCGGGGGGUCUGUGGAUCCUGGUGUGCUCGGGGCUGACGCUGUACAUCCUGAAGCGGCGGAGGGACAGGAGGGAGAAGAAGAAGUACGCGUUCUACUACAACAUGGGGAAACAGGAGGAUGCUAAAGAAACACUCGGGCCGCCAACAGUCGAGCUACCAGGUAACUUUAAUUGUAGACUAAAUGAGCACAAGCUACCAGCGAAGCCAAUUAAGAAUAAUUACUCUGGAAUUGAGACCAUGAGGAAGACGGCACACAAGAAGGGUAAGUGCAGAAGAUUUGCGAAAGCCGUGUAUUCUUACAGCGCCAUGGAGGAGAACGAGCUACACCUGGAGAUAGAUGACGUCAUCGAGGUGCUGGAGGGGGAAGAUGGCGGCUGGUGCUUGGGUUACCUGAGGGGCAGGAUAGGCCUGUUCCCCUCCAACUAUGUCACGUUCCUGCCUGCUGGAGAGGCCUCUAAAAUGACGGAAGACCUGUACCCAAAUUUGGACAGCGUGAGGAGCACCCCCUGCAGACAGUCGAGAAGGAAGGCCACCACUCCUGAGAAGACCGGAGCCAGCAGGGAGAUGGGUCAGCUGAAGAAGAUUGACUGUGUGGAAAUAUAAAACCGUCCAUUCUGUCUGCUGUUCCUGUAUAUAUGAUAUACUGUACGGACGUUCCACCACACGGCAGGCCCAUGGAUGCACACCGUUUGCCUUUGUU